AGAAUCUAAUCUUGUAAUAUGGACAAAGAAACAUCGGAUUAUCUUAUUCUGCAAGUUAUAUUGGAGGCGUACCCAAGUUUCUUCGUGUUUCUGGUGACAGGUGUGUACUGGAUAGCGGAUGUGUUGCCACCAGCGGCCAUCUCCCUCGUCCCAUUGGCGUGUUACGGCGUUAUGGGCACGGGAUACAUCCAACAGAUAUACAUAUGCAACGAAGUCCUGGACUGCCUCGGCGUGAUGAUGCUGAUGGCUGCAGUAGAAAAUAGCCAAGUACACAAGAGGGCAGCACUGAGACUACUCAUCACUAUCGGGUGCUCACAUUACAGGUUAAGCUUGGUGCUGUUCUUCAGUGCCAUGUUCCUCUCAAUGUGGGUGCCUAACACGGUGGCAUGCGGCCUUCUGAUGCCUUUGGUCAAGGCUUUACUGCAGGAACUUGAGAAGAUGGGAAUAGUCGACAUAUAUCAAACUAUUGAAAAUACUGAACAAAAAUCUCAUAAACAUGAAUUGAGUCGACCCAAACCUACAGAUUUCACUGUGUUUUACUUUUUGGGUAUCGCAUAUUCUAGCUCGAUAGGCGGCAUGGCGACGCUGAACGGCAGUCAAGUAAACCAAAUAUUCAAUGAAUAUAGCGAAUUACUGUUCCCUAAGCUGGGCAAGAUCACAUUUCCCCAGUUCAUGCUGCUGACGCUGCCAGGAGUGCUGGUCACGGAGACGCUACUCUACAUCUGGAUGAACUCCUUCUUCUUGAACAUUUUUAGGUCUAGCGACGUGGCGAUCCCGACUGGCCUGACGGAGGAAGAAGCCCGCUACAUUAAGACUCUGCUGCGAAACCAGUACACCCAGCUGGGGGCGAUCAAGUUCCAGGAUGUUGUCGUAGCCACGGCUGUCCUGUUGACGGUAGCUCUGCAAAUGUUUACAAGUUCCUUGCGUCUCGACAGCGGACCGCAGAGAGAUGUUAACAUGCACAUCAGGGUAUCAGCCCCAACUAUCUUCUGUGUCUUGCUCCUGUUCAUUAUACCAUCAGACUUAAAAUUUGUGAAGUUCUUCAAGAAACGCAACAACGGAAUGCAUCGCCGUUUACCGACUGCGCCAAGUAAGGCCUGCCUCAAUUGGACAAUCGUACGAGACAACAUGAUGUGGGGGGUUUUAUUUACAGUAGGCGGCAGCUGCAUGUCAUUCGAAGCCCUAAAGCGCUCCGGAAUGACGGCAGAAUUCGGCAAGUUUCUUCAGCUGAUGCACAACUGGCCGAGCCCCGUGGUGGCACUAGCAGUCAUCCUGUUCUGCAAGGUCCUCACGGAGUUUGGUAGUAACUCCUGUGUGGUAUAUGCAAUGCUGCCAGAAAUAGCAAGCUUGAGCAUCAGUUCCUACACGCACCCCCACUACUUGAUGCUGGCUGCGACCCUGGCCAGCUCCAUGGCGGCCCACCUGGCGCCGUCCACACCGUGCCUGGCCAUGGUCAGCGAGUACGUCCACAUUUCCACGUGGAGGAUGAUGUCAGCCGGCGUGGGACCGUCGGUCAUCGCUGUCAUCGUCACCUGGUUCACCGUCACUCUCUGGUCGAAGGUCAUCAUACUGGAGUAGACUAAGCUUACUUUGCACCCAGGCA